CAGAGCACAGCAUCAGCACAGCAUCAGCACAGCAUCAGCACAGCAUCAGUACGGGGGAAGAUGGCUAGCAGGAAGACCAAGAAGAAGGAAGGCGGUGCCAAGCGUGCCCAGCGGGCAUCCUCCAAUGUGUUCUCUAUGUUCGAGCAAACUCAGAUCCAGGAAUUCAAAGAGGCUUUUACAUUGAUUGAUCAGAACAGAGAUGGAUUCAUUGACAAGGAGGAUCUCAAAGACACGUACGCAUCUCUCGGUAAACUGAACGUUAAGGAUAAUGAACUGGAGGAUAUGCUGAAAGAAGCCAGUGGUCCCAUCAACUUCACCAUGUUCCUCAACCUGUUCGGAGAAAAACUGCACGGCACUGACCCUGAAGAUACUAUACUAAACGCCUUUAAGCUGUUUGAUCCUGAAGCGAAGGGAUAUAUACACACAGAGGAGUUAAAACACGUCCUGAUGACACAAGCUAACAAGUUCAGUGCAGAGGAGGUACGUCAGAUGUUCCUGUCCUCAAACAUCGACUCCGCAGGAAACCUGGACUACAGAUCCCUCUGUUAUAUUAUCACCCACGGGGAGGAACAGGAGGAAUGAGGGAGUGACUAAUGGAAAGUUGUAUUUCAGUAACUCUGAUGUCAACAUCUGCUAAUAAAAGCCAGCUGUGCUUCA